UCUUCUUUUUCCUAAUUUCUCAAAAUUGACCCCAAAGCUUUUAGGGUUUCUCCUUCACCUCCAUUUCCAAGCCCUUGACUUUUGCCUCUCUGUUAAGAAGCGAUUUGGAAUGGUGCGGGGGAAGCUGAUUUUGAUUUUCCAGCAUGGUGGUGAAUUUGUGCCGAAAGAUGAUGGAUCCUUGUCAUAUUCUGGAGGAGAGGCGCAUGCCUUGGAUAUCAGUCCUGAGACAGAAUUCGACGAUCUCAAGUACACAUUAGCUGAAACAUGUAACUUGGAAUAUAGAUCUUUGACUGUCAAAUAUUUUCUCCCUGGAAACAGGAGAACUCUAAUUACUUUGUCUAAUGACAAAGACCUGAAAAGGAUGUAUGAUUUUCAUGGGGACUCGGUGACUGCAGACGUUUUCAUUACAGGGACAAAAGUCGUUGCUCCUGUAAAUCUUGGCACGCAAGCUAAGAGGAAAGCUGGCGCAAAAGAAGGCUGCGCCUCUGCUGCGGGUCCUGCAACUUCCAAAGGUUCUCGCUCUGAUGUUGGCCUGAAGGAUGUUACCGUCGGUAUAGCAACUCCCCGAAGCCCCACUAGAGCAGCAAAUACAUCAAAACAUACUGCUGUCUGUAACAUUGUUGAUGGUCUUUUUGAGGUCAGUGUCGUUGACGCAACUGACUGUAGCACAGAUACAUUUGAUAUGAGUGCUUCUCCUGGGGAAUCUGUUAAGAAACGAAGGCGUACUGACUCCUGGAGAAGUGAGGCUAAUGGUCUUACCAUUGUGCCUGAUGCUGACAAUCUUGAGGAGACGAGGCAAACUACAUCCUGGAAAAAGGUUGCCAGGAAAUGCAAUCUUGCUGCAGUACCUGAUAAUAUGAGUCUGGAUCUUCCCAGUGAUGCUUCACCGGUGAAACUGGUUGAAUUUUGGAAAAAUUGUAUUACUGGUGAAGGCCAGGAUUUCGAAAGUGUGGUGGAAUUCCGUGACGCUCUACAGAAAUAUGCCAUUGCACAUCGGUUUGGUUAUAAACUAAGAAAGAAUGACACUAAUCGUGCUAGUGCUAUAUGUGCAGCAGAAGGCUGUCCUUGGAGGAUUCAUGCAUCCUGGGUCCCAUCCGACAAUGUGUUUAGGGUUAAAAAGCUGCACGAAUCACAUACCUGUGAUGGUGAAUCUUGGAAGACUGCCACUCCAGCUAAAAAUUGGUUGGUGAAUAUUAUUAAGGACAGGUUAAGAGAUAGCCCACACCACAAACCGAAAGAAAUCGCCAACGGCAUUCUUCGUGAUUUCGGGCUUGAGCUGAAUUAUGCACAAGUAUGGCGUGGAAUUGAAGAUGCUCGGGAGCAACUUCAGGGUUCAUACAAAGAGGCAUACGGUCAGUUGCCUUGGUACUGUGAGCAGAUAGAGGAGGCAAAUCCUGGUAGUUUUACGAAGCUUCUCAUCGGAGAUGAUAGAAGAUUUCAUCGUCUUUUUAUAUCCUUUCAUGCUACAGUUAAUGGUUUCCAAAGUGGUUGCCGGCCCCUUCUUUUCCUCGAGGCCAUCCCUUUGAAAUCAAAAUACCAUGAAAUUCUGCUCACUGCCACCGCACUGGAUGGGGACGACGGGAUUUUCCCUGUUGCAUUUGCUGUUGUAGACAAUGAAAACGAGGACAGUUGGCGUUGGUUUUUGGAGCAGCUGAAAUCUGCAGUAUCGACUUCUCGUUCUCUAACCUUUGUCUCUGAUAGAGAUAAGAGAUUAAUGAAGCAUGUACUUGAAAUAUUUGAGAAUGCACACCAUGGUUACUCGAUAUACUACUUGAUGGACAGCUUCAUACAAAAAUUGAAGGGACCCUUCCAUGGAGAAGGGAGAGCCUCAUUGCCUGGCUGUUUCUUGGCUGCAGCGAAAGCAGUCCGACAUGGUGGUUUUAAAACGUACACCGAGCAAAUUAAACGGAUUUCUUCAAGUGCCUAUGAUUGGAUCAUGCAAAAUCAGCCUGAAUACUGGGCAAAUGCAUUUUUCAAGGGUGAGCUUUACAGUCACAUAACACUCAACAUUGCUGAGUCAUAUGCUGACUGGAUAGAGGAAGCACGAGAACUACCCAUCAUGCAAAAGCUAGAAGUACUAAGAUGUACAAUCAUGAAACUAAUGGAAGAUUCUCGAACGGAAUCGAGUAACUGGACUACGAAACUUACACCAUUGAAGCAGGAAAUGUUACAAGAAAAAUCCGCAAAAACACGUGGUCUGAAAGUAUUAUUCUCAACCGACACCCUAUUCGAAGUCCAUGAUAACUCCAUUCAUGUUGUGGAUAUCAUUAAACAACACUGCAGUUGUGCCAUUUGGAAACCAACCGGCCUUCCUUGCCAUCAUGCGAUCGCCGUUUUUAACUCCACAGGUGGGAAUGUGUAUGAUUAUUGCUCAAGGUACUUCACAGUAGAUAGCUUCCGAUCAGCAUUCGCUGGGAGCAUAAAUCCUGCUUCGGCCAUUGUUCACCCUGGCGGAAAUGAAGAAGAUGAUGACGAUGAACAGAUAAUGCCUCCGUGCAUCUCGCGACCAUUAGGACAACAACAGAAGAAAAUAAGACGGAAUAAAAACCAGGGAAUCAUCAGAAGAUCCGUUUGUUGCACUCGGUGCAAAGGAGUCGGGCAUAACAAGGCUUCAUGCAAGGUAAGCUUAUAGGGAGCAUUUAUCUCUUGUAUGUAUGUAUUACUCUGUACAGCUUUCAUGGUUACUUCAUGUAAUUUCCAGUUCCUUUUAACAACAAUCUCCAUGAACUAACAACAUUUGCAUGCCAUGAAUAGUUGUAUUAGGAUAAAGUACUUGGACUUUGUUGCACCUCAACUCUCAUCAUCAUGCUAUGGUUGCAAUUUUG